AUUCUUUUAUUUUACAGCUUUCCAAUUGAAUACAUAUACAAAUAUUUGGGAUUAGUUUUCUCCAGCAGUUCCAAAAUAUUAUUUGAAAUCAUGGCACACUAUAAAGGAGCAGCCAGCGAAGCUGGCCGUGCAAUGCAAUUGAUGAAGAAAAGAGAAAUUGCUCAGCAAGAAAUAGAAUUAAGGAAAAAGAAAAUUGAAGAUGAUCUUAAGAUACAUAAUAUAGAAAACAAAUUUGCAACCCACUAUAAUGCUGUUGAACAGCAAUUGAAAACCUCUACCAUCGGUUUAGUCACCUUAAAUGAAAUGAAAGCAAAGCAAGAAAACAUAGUAAAAGAAAGAGAGAGGAAACUUGCCCAAAAGGAACGUGAAAAAGAACAAGAAAAAGAAAGAGCUCUAGCUGCUAAGCAAGCUGAAAAAAAUAAACAGAAAAAACAGAUACAGGCUUUAUCAUUUAAUUUAGAUGAAGAUGAAGUAGAACUUUCUGAUGAGGAAGAAGAAUCAAAAAUAGAGAAAUCAAAAGAUAAUGAUGAUAGUGGACCUGUAGUAAAAAAGAUAAAGAAAAAUCCAGAUGUUGACACAAGCUUUUUACCUGACAGAGAAAGAGAGGAAGAAGAAAAUAGAUUAAGAGAAGAAUUAAGACAAGAAUGGGCCAGAAAACAAAAUGCAUUAAAGGAAGAAGAAAUUGAAAUUACUUUCAGUUAUUGGGAUGGUUCUGGUCAUAGAAGAAGUGUUAUUAUGAAGAAAGGUAAUUCUAUCUAUCAGCUACUUCAAAGAUGCUUGGAAGUUUUAAGACGUGAAUUCAGUGAAUUAAAAACAGUUAUGGCAGAUCAGUUAAUGUAUGUCAAAGAAGAUCUGAUCUUACCACAUCAUUAUACUUUUUAUGAUUUCAUUGUGACAAAGGCAAGAGGAAAAAGUGGACCUCUUUUUACAUUUGAUGUUCAUGAUGAUAUUCGUGUCAUGCAUGAUGCUUCUGUAGAAACAGAAGAAUCUCAUGCUGGAAAAGUAUUACUUAGGUCUUGGUAUGAAAGAAAUAAACAUAUAUUUCCUGCUAGUAGGUGGGAACCAUUUGAUCCAACUAAAAGCUAUGAUAAGUAUACAGUAUCAGAUAAAAAUAGGAAAAAGGAUAAAAUUUAAUGGACAACAACGAUAUAGGAAGUAAUUGUACAAAAAAAAAAUAAUAAUGCAUUGUGUUCAGUAAAGAGAAAUUUAUCAUUUCAGAAUAAUUUCAA